CUAUGGACUAUUUUUGCCUACCAAGAGAUUCAACCUAGAGUCAGAUACUAUAGAUUCAGAUUUGGCAAUCUACCUCUUGAAGUCCCAAAUUCUGCUUGAAGAAGCCAUAGUACUGCAAACAACAACAACAACAAAACAAAACAAAGCCCAAACCAAACCAAUAAAACAGCAGCCAACUGUAUAAAGAUGUACUGUGAAAGAUUUCUGCUAUAGUUCACAAAGAAAGAAAUUAAAUACAUUCCUGCCACCAAGAGAAGCCUGUGUAGUUUGCCUACCAUAAUAGCCACUGGCCUGCCUUAUAGUUGUGGUUCUUAUGCUAUGGGCUCUGGAAGAAAGGACCUGACAGCAGAAUUGGGCAGACAUUUCAGAAAGUCAUUCUGACCCCCUGAGAGCCCUUGUGGAAUUUUCUGCAACCCUUGUGGAAUAGCCUUAUGUGCUCCAUGAGUUGGCAGCUCAGAUCUCAGUUUUUGCUUAUUAGGCUUUGGCACCUAAAUGGAAAGAAAGAAUAACUAUUAAGGAAAGCAAGAGUAUGGCAGAGUCAGUUUCAUAGCCUCUAUGAUUUCUGCCAUGGAAGAAAAAUGAAAAUUGUACUGUUUACAGGCAGAGUAAGGAUAUAAUCAGCACUUGAUUCAGUACUUGUCUCAGUAGAAGCGUUGCCAAUCUGCCUUUAUCAUAGGAAAGCUGCACUGCUCCCCCACAUGGUAGCCAGGUAGUAUGGUAAAAUGAUGUUCCCUGAACUCUAAGCCCUGCUUAGAGUUCAUUUUUUUUCUUUUUUAGUAGUAUUGGGGAUUGAACCCAGGGCCUCACACAGUUAGGGAAGUGCUCUGCCACUGAAUCACUCCUAGCUCAACAUGAAUUUCUGAAUAUACUUCCUGGCUGAACAACUACUUUGCACUAGUGAUUCAGAUUCUCUUACAAGCCCCCUGGUGCUUAGCACAGUGGCCCAUGGAUUGAAGGUUUGAAGCCAGCCUGAAUAAUGUAGUGAGACUCUGUCUCAAAAAGGGCUGGAGAUGUAGCACAGUGGUAGAGUACUCCUUGAUUCAGACUCUAGAACUAAAAAAAUCCUUCUGGAGAUAACAGUCACCAUCUUCUGAAAGGUAUAGGCAUAGUGUUAGAAUAACAGAAUUUUGUAAUUAAAAGUUUGAAUUAUAAGAAUUGGGAGUGUUAUUUUGUGUAUAAGUUAAAUCUUAUACCAAAUCCCACUUUUUCCUUUAUGCAUGGCAGUUUUUAUAAACUUUCUGUUCUCCAAGUGUGAUCUUUCUGUGUUGAUAUUAAAGAGAUGGAAUGAUUGCUUACUUUCACUCCCAGCUUUCUAUUGAAUGUUAGUAGAGCACCUGUCUUCUCUAGUUGUCACUGCUUCUCUUCUGAAAGGAAGAAAGUGUGGACUGAACAGCAGUCUAGGAACUACUCUGGUACCCUGGGUUUGGGGUUUUUCUCUGCCUUUAUUCAAGUAUCUGGCACCAAUUCGGGCUGAGUCAUUUGUGAACCGUGACUCUUGUGAUAUGCCGAAGAUUCCAGGCAGUUUCUGUGGAACAUCUCCCCGUCCAGCUCUAAUCAAGCAUCAUAUAAACAAGAAAUUGUUUGGUCAAACCUGUGAGGACUGUGCUCUGACUGCCAAAAAGAUCAGUACUGACAUCAGAAUGGCAGCUACUCUCAAAUUAUUAAAACCUUUAAAAUAUCAAGCAUUUCGCGAUUCUUUUGCCUACAGUGCCACCCAAAGUGUGGCAUAUUGGAAUAUGGGAAGCAAUAUACGACAUAGGGGAAAGGCCCCUCCUGAGCGUAGUAGUUCCUGCCAUCCUGCCAGAAAAGUUAAGAACGUUGGUAGUGGCACCUUUUCUCAGAGGGUCUUCACAAUCAGCCAUGCCUUUCUGGGUUUGGAAUUCAGCAAAGCUUCUACCUCUAAAGCCAGGAAGUUGCAGCUGGACUCACCCAGGACUAUGAAAAUUGAUGAAGAGGAUGUAGAAGUUUUUGAUUCCUUUGAAGGCACCCGAGUUUUCCUACAGCUAAGGCCAGAAUACCAGCUUCACAGCUAUAACAGAUCUGAGACUUGUCAGCCCCUCUCUGUUUCAGAAGGCGAACUAAUUUUGCACAAAGUCACAGUUUAUCAAAGUAACCUUCAACCUCAAAUCAUUGCUGAUUAUUUCUGUAAGCUGAGCUCUUUGCCUACAGAACAGCAUCCUGUUUUGCUGACAAGUACCAGCUUUGCUCUGCUCUGCCAAUUGAGUGUGAAAAAUAUACAAGUCUUUGAUAUUCCAGAUCUAAUCAGUAUUUUGAAAGCCUUUGUUAGUUUAGGAAUUCCUCACUCUCAUUCAAUGCUAGAUGUGUAUGAAACCAGGUUUUGUCAACAGGUAUGGGAGAUGAGUCUGAAUCAGCUUCUCUUGGUGGCUGAUCUCUGGCGGUGCUUAGGUCUCAGAGUACCUCAGUUUUUAAAAAUUUUUUUUAGUUACCUUAAUUUGCACUGGAAAGAUCUAUCCUUGUCCCAGCUGAUUCACUUAAUUUAUAUUAUAGGUGAAAGUCGACAGGUGCCUCAGGACCUAAUGCAAAAACUGGAAUCAUUGAUCCUUAAGUAUAUAGAUUUGAUCAACUUAGAGGAGGUUGGUACAAUCUGUUUGGGAUUCUUUAAGUCAAGUAGUAGUCUCUCUGAAUUUGUAAUGCGGAAACUUGGAGAUUUGGCUUGUGCUGACAUGGAGCAUCUGAGUAGUCAUGCCUUAGUGCAUAUUCUUAAAAUGUUCAGAUUCACUCAUGUGGAUCACGUAAAUUUCAUGAAGCGCUUUGGAGAGAUAGCUCCUCAGCGAAUUCCUUCCCUGGGGGUUCAGGGUGUUAUGCACCUGACUCUUGCCUGCUCAGCUUUACACUUUCUGGAUGAAGGAGUAAUGAAUGCCGUGGCUGCUUCUUUGCCUCCUAGAGUAGUGCACUGUCGCAGUAAAGAUAUUGCCAAAAUUCUGUGGUCAUUUGGAACUCUGAAUUAUAAGCCACCCAACACAGAAGAAUUUUAUUCUAGCCUGAUCAAUGAAAUUCACAGAAAGAUGCCUGAAUUCAACCAAUAUCCAGAACACCUGCCCACCUGCCUGCUGGGUCUAGCAUUUUCGGAGUACUUUCCAAUAGAGCUUAUUGAUUUUGCUUUGAGUCCAGGGUUUGUCAAGCUAGCUCAGGAGAGAAGUAAAUUUGAACUCACCAAGGAACUGUAUACUCUUGAUGGUACAGUUGGUGUUGAGUGUCCAGAUUAUAGAGGCAGUCGUCUUAGUUCUUACCUUCAGCAAGAGGCAUCUGCUAAGCUUUGGAAUUUAGCAAGGAAAGAUAUGAACUCAAAGCCUGAAUUCCUAGAAGCUCUCUCUUUACUUGAGACCAUGUUGGGCGGCCCCCAGUACAUCAAGCACCAUAUGAUUUUGCCUCAUACUCGGUCUUCUGACUUAGAGGUCCAGCUUGACAUUAACAUGAAGCCAUUACCAUUUAAUAAAGAAGCCAUACCAGCUGAUGAUGUAGCCGAAUUAAGGCUUAAGCAUGUAGGAGUCAGCCUUACAGAUAAUUUGAUGAAUCAGUUGCUGAAAGGGAAAGCAAGAGGGCAUUUCCAGGGGAACAGUGAGUCAGAGACUUUGCAGCAGCCUGUAAAGUCAGAGAAGGAAUCCUUGGGGAACUUUCUUUCCAAUAUGGCAGGUAGAUUGGGAGCUGUGGAGAUGGCUGGCCUGCAUCCCUCAGCCCAUGUGCAGGCCCCACCAGUGAAGCUGGCUAUUCAGCUGACGAACAGGAACCAAUAUUGCUAUGGUUCCAGGGAUCUGCUUGGACUGCACAAUAUGAAGAGGCGGCAGCUGGUUCGGCUUGGGUACCAUGUGGUAGAAUUAUCCUACUGGGAAUGGCUCCCACUACUAAAACGAACUCGUUUAGAGAAGCUGGCUUUCCUCCAUGAGAAAGUGUUCACUUCUGUUCUCUAAAGGGCUUUCAUGGGUAUUUUUACUCUAAACUGUUGGUGUACAGGUUGAGCAUCCCUAAUUUGAAAAUCCAAAACGUUCCAGAAUCUGGAACUUUGAGUACCACCAUGACAUUAACUUUGGAUUUUAGACUUUUGGAUUAGGGAUAUUCAAAUGGUAGUCUAUGCAGAUAUUUCUUAAUCUGAAGCAACUCAAAGUCUUUCUUGUCUCAAGCUUUUUUUUUUUUUUUAACUAGGAACUGAGCCAGAGGCUCCACAUUCCRACCCUUUUUUUUGUUGUUGUUGUUUUGAGACAGGGUCUUGCUAAGUUGCUUAGGACCUCUCUAAGUUGAUGAGGCU